AUGUCGGUCUUUGUCGUCGGUUUUGAGAACGUUCCGCACCUGGAGUUUGGGGAGAUGGCAAUAGUUCGUGAUCAUCGCGAGGCUGAGAGUCACGUCUUCGGUGUCGUAGGCGCUCGAUCUGACUUUGGGAAGCAAUUUGCGUUGCGACAAGGACAUCAAUUUGUUUUGAGAACGUUCCGCACCUGGAGUUUGGGGAGAUGGCUUCGUGAUCAUCGCGAGGCUGAGAGUCACGUCUUCGGUGUCGUAGGCGCUCGAUCUGACUUUGGGAAGCAAUUUGCGUUGCAACAAGGACAUCAAUUUGUUUGGUCGUUCGUACGUCCCGACCAUCGAGUCAAUCCAAGAUUGUUUGCACGAGGUCAUCCAGAUGGAAACCCUUGUUCGCAGGUGCAGUGUCGCCGCCAAGCGCGGUGUCUCCCACUGCUGCUGCUACUGCGGCAGGGCGUGGUUUGGCAUGUGCGGGAUUCAAGCCAGGUUGAGCGAGUGUUGGGUUCUCUGGUUGCAGUUGCAUUGCGUCAGGUGCUGGCUGUUGUUGGCUGGCGUCGGACCCGUUUUUACUUGAUGUGUCUAUCAUGUCCUCUUCUGUUUUGUGGAUCGCUGGGGACAAUUAUGUUACUCGUUCUCAUUCGGUGAAAAGAAAAGUUUUGAACUUGCCCUACGAUAGGCGCCAAUUGUUUGUACCGAGGUUGUAACUACGAAUAAGUAAGGUAAAUUUCUAUCGAUCGAUCGAUCGAAUAAUUUCACGUAAUUUCUAUCGAUCGGCAACGUAACACGACUCAAAUUGAGAAUAAAACGAACCGUGAACUGAAACGAACCGAGAACAAAAACGAACCGAGAACAAAACGAACGGAGAACAAAAACGAACCGAAUGACAAUGCGUUUUAGUCCGAAUAUUGCUUUGAUUCUCUAGGUAUUAUCUUGUGUGCAAUUAUUUCGCAAAUAAUGCUUUAUUUAUAGGACAAGCUUUCUGACCUAAAGAUUCUUCUGUUCCUUCAGCAAAUUACCGUUUUACCCUUCACGUUUAGUGGGCUGAUUUGGUGGAGAAAUUGCCCAUUAAACUCUUAAAUAUUUGUUUGGCCAAAUAAUAUGAAGAGGGUGAAGCCCAUGUCCAACAAUAAUGGAUGAAAUACAUCAUAUAUUUUGGCCUAGAGAUCAAAGAUCGAUCCUCUGGUUUUAAGUUCAAGUUUUAGUAGAACCAUCUAUUGUGGAAUUGUCAAGAUUCACAACUUUCUGUAGACCAGUUUUUUAGUGUUGCAAAAGUUAACACUAGUUUAUCGUGAAUAAUAAAAUAAUAAUUCAUAAU